GUCACGUGCACGCGCAGCCUCACGAACUCCCGGAUAAUUACAACAUUUUCCAGUACGACUAUUGGAAGCCGUUGCUCUAGAGGUGCCUACUACGCCUUGCCUCGCCUACAGAUCUUAGAGUGUACUUGAAGUGUCCAGAGUGUUCUUGACCACGUGCUCGAAGCUCAUGCGCACACAAAUCUUGUUUGUAGCGACGGUAACGACAAACGACCGUUAUUGAAUGCUGCUCAAGGCCUCUACCAUGCAUUCUGGGCAAUUCUUCUCGAACCAAAAUCAUCAGUUCUCAACAUGCUGUCUGCAGUCAAUAAAACAUUUACUGUCACCAUCCCUCACAAUGUUGGCAUACCAGCAGAUAAGGCAAUUAUUGCCCUGGAGAUGGGAGUGGAGCACAACUGUGGACCAGUCUGGCCCCCAUUCCUCAGGACGAAUUUCGGAGAAUUUAAAUUUGAAAUUCCAUGGGUGAACAUGAAUACAUCAAGAGGAGACACGACGUUGUUCACUUACAAGAGUCUCAUCUUGCAAGACAACAAGGCCGAGGUGCUUGGAUCCGAGCUGUUGUACGACCUAAACGCUCACGUUGCCAAAAUCGAAAUGAAUUCAACAAGCUACAUGGUUGAUUUCAAUGGAAAAUUGAUGACCGCUGUUUUUCAUAAUGUCAGCGGUCGUGAGAUUUUUCAAAAUGCGUCGGAGUAUCCAUACUUUGAUGUCUAUAAACAGAUUGCUAGUCAGACUUGGUAUGGAAAGAGUGACCACAUAUGUGCACAUCAUGACUACGACUUUGACCAUGCAAUCGUUCGGCCGGUGACAAUGUCGCUGACUGCAUCCGACGGUCUGUUUCCCGCGUUUAAUUUGAGUGGAGAAGUAGUCGAAAAGGGCAUCGACUACCCUCUAGGUGUGGCCGAAAUUUGGGCAAAUUUUACGAUUUCGGCACCAACAUCGUGCCAUGAUUGAAUCAAUGUUUGACAUCUGGUGACUGUCUACAAUGUGUUUUAGUAGUUAGAAUUUUAGUGACAAUAACACAAUAUUUAUUUUAUGUUUUAGAAACACAUUCUCAGUACUAUCCUGUGUGCUACUAUCUUGUGUGCAUGCAUGUGUGUGUGUGUGUGUGUGUGUGUGUGUGUGUGUGUGUGUGUGCGUGCGUGUCAAAGUCUAGUUUUCCAUAAUUACCAGCAGUAAAAUAAUGCAAUCCACAUACAGCACUCAUUAUCUUAAUUAAAAACACAA